CGAGAAAGUAAGAGGGGGAAAGUCAGCGCGCGCGCGUACGUGCGUAUGUGUGUGUGUGUCAGUUGCUAACAGUAGUGUGGAUAAGCGUAUAAACGCGUAUGCUAUAGUGUGUGUAAAAGCUUUUUCUCAUUUCCACCACAUCAUCGCAUAACAACAUGUCAGCCGUCGAUCUGAGUAGACUGAGGCCGAGUGAUUCUUCACUUCAAACCGAUCAAAAUGGCAAUGGUAACACUACCAACGAUAUGGAGGAUAUAUACGAUGAAGAUGUGUCUGAAUUAGAGGUUGGUAAGAAAGAUUGGUCCCAGAUGAACUGGAAACUAUCUCAGGCAGGAUUCCGAGAUGGUGUUGAUGGUGGUGAAGAGCAAGUUCUUCAAAGUAGUUUUGAAACUGGAUAUGCUAUGGCAGCGAAGGAAGCCUGUGAACUUGGCCGUAUUCAGGGCCAGAUUAGUGCUUUACUGCUUUUCAACCGGCACAUUAAGCAUGGACGGCUGUUUAAUGAAGAAAUGUCCAACCAUUUCAAGCAACUUCUUGCCGAAAUCAACUCCUACAAGCUGACUAACAGUCCUCCAGGCAUUUCUUUAACAUGUGGAGCUAAAGAGCGAAUUAAUGAGGCUGUAUUUGGGCCUGAAAAGAACUCUGAUCAGUCGCAUUCCUUACAAUACCACCCACACAACUCUGGCCCCGUUACUGACCGCAACUACGCUUACCAACCAAACCAGAAUCAAUCUUACGUUGACACUAACUCAAUGUAUGAUUUAGAUGCUGGCGUUACUGUGGCAAGGUCCAUGCCACUUUCUACAACACAGAACAUUACUACCUUCAAGGACCGAUUCCAACGUCUGCUGCAGAUGUGCGACGGUUCACUGGUUGCCAAGUUUAUUUCCUGAGUAACAGCCUAGAAAGGCACUGAUCUUCUUCUCCCUGUGCAUCACUGCAGCUACCACUACUAACACAACCAACCAUCACCAUUACUUUUUCCACCACUACCACCACCAUCACCACCACCACCACCACAGCCACUACCACUACCGCAACCACAACCACCACCACCCACUAUAUCUUUUCUCUCCUUACUUCUUACACUCAAUUCUGCUCCAAUUGUUGUGGGUCUCCAUACAUGUUACACACCUUGUGUACGACAAGUUUUCUAUCGCACACAGAAACAAUAUUACACCUGUUUUGUUUCUAAUAGAUUCACGGUUCACAGCAUUUUCAGAAUAAAUGACCCUAAUUUCUGACUAAUGGACUUCCUUAUACCAACUCACUACAUCUUCUGAGAUUAGAAAUCGGAAUAAUGAAUAAUGGGCAGAUUCGAAAGUAAAUUAACUGGACAUUUCUGGUUUACACAAAUCAGUGCAUUUCUACCUGUCUGAAUGAUACUGUUUACAGAGUGUGAUGGAAGAGAUACCUGUACAUUAGAAAUUAAUAAGGAACAUUCAUAUAACAUCCACUUCUUAGAUUGUCCUGAAUUCAUUGAGGCGCCCAGUGGGUGGGUAUUUAACUUGCUAGAAAUAACAACAAUCUUCCUCAACUCAUAUUCUGCUGUUUUUCAAAAACAUGGAGGACACAUGAAAUGAUGCAGUCCUGAAUAAAAGACCACAUGGUCACAGCCAGAAUAUUUUUGAUCAUAGGGCUGUUAGCUCUGGUAUAGCCUAGGGUUAAACAACAACAAUAACAACAUGAUCCAGGAACUUCUUCAGUUUGAGUCUGCUGCUGCUGCUGCUACUGCUGCUGUUACUUUGUUUAUUUUUUUUUAGAAUCUACAAAACAAAAACUUUUAAGACAAAAACUACCCCCCCCCUACAUUUCACAAUCAUUCGCAACCAAAACCCUGAAACCUGAAAAUCUCAUUGGUGCAAUGACCAGGUCACCUGUCCAACAUCCGUCUUCCUUCCUCGCCUUCCCCUACUCACGUUGUCCACAAGAUUUUUUCUUUAACUUGAAACAAGUCAAGCAGGUCUCUGCCGGUUCCUUGAGACAUUCAAUAAACCACAUCAGAACAGUUACCCACUCCCCCCUUCACAGUUUUUUUUUGUCCCCCCCCCAACCAUUUCCUCUUUGUUAUACAAGAAACUCCUCUGCUCUAACCACACCCAAACACCCACCCCCACACCACUAUUGUUAUACAACCACCACCACUAACACCACUAUUACUAUCACCAACACUACUGUUACUACAGCUAUUACAACCAUAAACAGCCUAUGUUAUUACCAUGGCAACCAGUACCUCUACUACUACCACCAUCACCACCACUGCCACUAACAACAAUACCAACACUACUACUACUACUACUACUACAACCAACACCAUCACUGUUACAACUUCCACAACCAAACAGCCUAUGUAAUGAAUCUGAACCUAACGACACUCAUUAAAAUCGCUCUGAAUUAUAUACAUGCAAAUGAGGAUUAUUUGUGUGAAUUAGAUUCAUUGUAGACAUACAAACUGUGUGUGUGUAUGUGAAUGUAUAUAUAUAUAUAUAUAUA